GUUUACAACUUUCACAACGGUGGUGUGUGCGCGUGCACGUGGGGCCCACGAGUUCGCGAUCGUGUGUAGUACGAUGUCCGACGAAGAAAACGAUGCGGUGUGGGACAGCGCUGAGGAAUUGGAAAGCGAGUGCGAGGACAGCGCGUGCCUGUUUUGCGGCGAAGUGCGUGCCUCGCCGGAGCUCGUGUACGAGCACUGCGCGCACGACCACGCAUUCUCCAUCAGGGAUGCGGUGCGAAGCUUGCAGCUGGACUGCUUCGGAUACAUCAAGAUGGUGAACUACACCCGCAAACACAAAACAAGCCCGGAAGUCUUAAAGGCCGUUGACCCACGAUGUCUUCCAUGGGAAGAUGACCAGUACCUUGUGCCAGUCGUGAAAGAUGACCUGCUUUUAACCUAUGAUGUUGAGGAAUUUCUGAGUGCUGUUCCAAAGCCUGAAGACGAGUGUCAACAACUGCGCAGCCAACUGCUUCAGGCUGAGCAAGCCAUCGAGCAUAUGAGAGAAGUGGCCCAGAGCUGGCUGCAAUCCAACGAGCUAGCCAAGCCCGUCGAACACGAUGAACCUUAUUUCGAGUCGUACGGCCACCAUGGCAUCCACCUUGAGAUGUUAUCCGACAGGCCAAGGAUGGACUCUUACCGCAAGGCCAUCGAGCUAAAUGCAGACCUGCAUCCGAACCGCACCGUGCUCGAUGUUGGGUGUGGCACUGGCAUCCUCUCAUUGCUGUGUGCCCGGGCAGGUGCGCAAAGCGUAGUUGGAAUCGACCAGUCCGGUGUAGUCUACAAUGCCAUGGAUAUUGUCAGGGAGAAUGAUCUGUCCGAGCGAGUGAAGCUGGUGCAUGGCCGCGUGGAAGAAUUAGAGCUGCCCGAGCGUGUGGAUGUGCUGGUGUCCGAGUGGAUGGGCUACUUCCUUCUCUUUGAAGGCAUGCUGGACAGCGUGCUUCAGGCCAGGGACCGGCUACUGCGACCGGGGGGGCUGAUGCUGCCCAACCGCUGCCAGCUGUUCCUGGUGGCCCUCAGCGAUAACGACAUCAAUCACCGGAUGGUGAGCUUCUGGGACAACGUUGAAGGGUUCAAGAUGAGUUGCAUGCGGAAGGAAGUGCUCGCCGAGGCUCAUGUGAUGGACGCCCCAGCUUCGAGUGUCUGCUCUGAGCGGCCAGCCCUUCUGUUGAACCUUGACUUGAACACAUGCCGCAUGGAAGACAGUGAUUUUGCAACCGACUUCGAAAUGGAUCUGAGGCCUGGCACACAGCAGGUCACAGCACUGGCUGGUUACUUCGACUGCACAUUCGAGCUGCCAGUGCCUGUUAUUCUCAGCACAGCCAUGGAGGCCGAGUCCACUCACUGGAAACAAACAGUGUUCCUGCUAGAAGAACCACUCCUUAUAGCUGAAGGUGAGAAAAAGGUGCGAGGGCGAUUGGAGUGUCGACGACAAGACCGCAGAGAACUCCUAGUCACAAUAACGCUAGGAACAAGACGACAGCAGUACAUGCUCCAUUGAAGAGACUUUCUCACCUGUACAGGAUGGCACCGUGUUCGUGAUGGGUUUGUGUUCGAGGUGGUUUGUGCUGCAGGGCAGAUAUUCACGUGAACACAUCUUACGAUCCAUGCUUGAGCAUUCGCUGCUUGGUGAAAGCAUUUCCAUGGCACUGGUGCUCGUCACAAUUGCUCAUCAUUACCAGAAUGGAUGGUAGUCCUUGUUCAUCCGAUCGUUGUGAAGUUGCUUCAUGAUAAAUGCGAGAGAAAAUAAAGAGUUUCAAUGAUG